AUGCUUGAAAUUGAAUUAUGUCUUCGUGGAAAUAAAAGCAAAAGUUGUGGAUCCGAUAAAAUUCCAUUCAUAUUCUUACAAAACCUACCUUCUAGUGGCAAAAUUCUUUUACUACGUCUCUACAACCUAAUUUGGGAAACAGGCUUAAUCCCAAUUAAAUGGAAAAAUGCAAUCAUCACACCCAUACCAAAAAAUAAUCAAAACAGCUUCAAACCUACUGGAUAUCGACCAAUAUCGGUACUCUGCAGCAUGAGUAAGUUAUUAGAAAAAAUCAUCUACAACCGUCUAAGUUGGUACGCGACUCAUCAUAAACUCCUCUCACCAUGCCAACAUGGUUUUAGAAAACACCACUCAACCACCGACUGCCAUGUAAAAAUUGAAACCGAAGUCUUAGAAACCUUUGCUAAUAAACAAUCAAUGAUACUAAUAAGUCUCGAUCUACAAAAGGCAUACGACACUGUUUGGCGACAUAGAGUAAUCAAUUUACUUAAGAAUUGGAACAUACAUGGAAACAUGCUAAUUUUUCUAAACAACUUCUUAAACCAACGAUCCUUUCAAGUCAAAAUCAGAGAUCAAACAUCUAAUACAUUUAUGUUAGAAAAUGGGGUGCCUCAAGGUUCUCCACUCAGUAUUUUUUUAUUUCAAACAGCAAUUAACAACUUGCCCAACAUCAUUACAAAUCCUGCAAAAUCAAUCAUUUUUGCAGACGACACUUACAUAUAUAUUCGAGGCACGCAAAUUUCUGUAAUGACCGGAACACUCCAAAAAUGCCUCAAUGACCUGUUUGAAUGGUGCUUCAAAGCCGGUUUCAUUUUUUCGCCUCUAAAGACAAAAUGUAUUUUAUUUUCAAAUAAAAGGAAACUAACGAAACCAAAACUCUUUCUUGGUACAUCUCGUCUACCCUUUGUUGAAGAUAUUUCAAUACUUGGUCUCACUUUCGACAAAAAGCUUUCUUGGAAAUCCCAUAUCUUGUCGCUCAAAAAAAAUUCAUACAAAAGCCUUAAUGUCAUCAAAUCAUUAAGUCAUUGUGAAUGGGGUGCUGAAGGAACCAUAUUAUUAAAUGUAUAUAGAUCACUUGUUAGAUCCAAACUCGAUUAUGGUUCAAUUUGUUAUGGAAACUCAGAAUCAAAGCUCUUACAAACUGUAGAUACAAUCCACAAUGCCGGACUGAGACUUUCAAUUGGAGCAUUCAAGAGCAGCCCGAUAGUUAGUUUGUUAUCCUUGACUGGUGAACCCUCACUUCAGUACCGAAGAACUAAAUUAUCACUUAAUUAUAUAGCUCGCAUCUUAUCUUCACCGGAAAAUUCAACCAUUCACUUUUUAAACAGAAAACGGUUUUCAAAAAUAUAUGAACUCAAUUCUAUACUAAGAAGACCUUUAGGGUUAAGGCUACAAAAAGAGAUGAUGGAUAUCAACAUUGAAAUUAAUGAAAUAUGUCAACGCGAAAGCAGUCAGAUUCCCACCUGGAAACAACCAAAUUACCUAGUUGACACAAGCCUAUCAGAGCACCUUAAAAAAGAAACACCAAAUACUAUUUAUAAUAACCUAUUUAAUGAACUAAUACACACUUCAAAUACCAGAACUCAGAUCUAUACUGAUGCAUCUAAAACCGAAAUGGGCAUAGGACUUGCAGUAGUACACCUCAAUACAACUAAACAGUACAAACUCAAUAAAUUAAGCAGUAUUUAUUCAGCUGAAUACUUAGCACUAUUGAAAGGAGUUCAAUUAGCCCUAGAUAUCAAUAAUACUAAAAUUGACAUAUGUUCUGACUCACUUAGUGCCUUAACAAACCUACAAUCCAAAACCUUAUCAGAACCAUUGGCUCUUUCAAUUAGCAAUCUUCUUUCCAAAUCAACCAAAGAAAUCAGAUUUAUAUGGACCCCAGGUCACUGUUCCAUAAAGGGAAAUGAGAUGGCAGACGAAGCGGCGAGAAAUGCAGUUAAUAGUCCUGACAGUGAAAUUAUUCCUUUUUCCUCACUCGUAGACAUAAAAAGAAAUAUAAACAAAUACUGUACUGAUCUGUGGAACUCACAGUGGCAUACGACCACGGAAAAUAAAUUAAGAGAAAUUAAGCACUCUGUCGAACUCUGGCCGAAAUACACUGAUCUUAACAGAAAGAAUGAAGUAAUUCUUAAUCGACUCAGAAUCGGUCAUACGAAACUCACACACGGACAUCUUAUGGCAAAGAAAGAUCCACCUCUAUGCCCAACAUGCAAUACAAACUACUCCAUCAAACAUAUCAUCAUCUACUGCCCAAACUUCAACGAAGCAAGAAAAGAUCUCAACAUCCCAGACAACCUGUACGAAGCAAUUGGAAUAAAUUUGCAACGCAAAUGGAAAAGUUUACGCGAUUGUUUUUCUAGAGAAUUAGGCAGAGUUAAAAAACUUAAAUCCGGGUCUGAAACUUCCAGAAAAAAUCCCUAUGUCUUUUACAAUCAGUUAUUAUUUCUAAAACCAAUCAUCCAGAAUAAAUCAACAGAAACAAAUAUAAUGCCAGAUGCUGAUGAAAGUGGAGAUGAUUUAGGAGGUCCUUCUACUAGUCAAGUAUCAAAUAGUGAACCUAGUUCUAAGAAGAAAAAAACUACCUCUAUAAAUUCAUUGGAAAAAGAAAUAAUUGACGCAUUACAUAAAAGUGUUGAGCUUCGAGAAGAACAGACCAAAAAAUACAAGGAAGACGCUGAUAGAUUGUUUUUGUUAUCUUUGUUAAAACCUUUAAAAGAAAUACCUGAACACUUGCGUUUUUCAGUUAAAAUGGAUUUAAUGAAAAUAAUAAAUAAUGCUCAAAUCAAUUCACACUCAGCUUCUUUAACUUUAUCUCAUCCUCAACAACACAACUUCGGUAAUCAAAAUGUAAUGCCUUACAUUAAUCAAGAUUUAAAUACGGGCCCUAGGUCUGUGUAUCUACCUAACCAACUACACUCAGAUCCAAAUUAUCAAAGGGCAUUACAAAAUCAACUAAUUACUCAAAGAAGACCUACAUCUACAAUACAGCCAUAUUCAAGUAACACAACUCCAUUGCCUUCACCAAACACCUACACUUCUACUGACAAUUCUUCGGACUCAUAUAUUCAGACCGACAUAUUCAAUUAA